AUGGCUGUCGCAGAUUAUAAGAAAUACUUGGCGGAGAAUGUUCUCAAUGAGCACCGCACGGUCACGUAUCGCUCGUUGAGUCGAGCUCUCCGGAUCCACUGCACGGUAGCGAAGCAAAUGUUGUAUGACUUCCACCACAGCGAGAACAACAAAACACCGCAUAAUGUGAAUGCCACGUACCUUGUCGCGGGCAUUCUGAAACCCCGCACCGCUAUGAAUGGCGCGCAUGCCAAUGAAACCACCAACGGAGAUGAGGUGAUGCCGAGUAGCCCACACUUGCCCAGUUCAAUGCCUAACCAAGACAUGGAAUCCGACAAUAUCACGACAGCCUCUAUCCUUCUUGUGCGGGAGGAGGACCUGGAAGAUGCGAAGUCCACCUUCCAGUCAAUAUCGUCAAUUCAUGUUUAUAGUCUACAGCCUACGGUUCUCCAGGAUCUCAAUGUGUUGACAGAUGUCAGUCGGGAAAUGAUGACAAACCAUGCUCAGGAGGACCCGCUGGAAUAUGGCAAGCAAUGGGGUAUGAUCCAAAAUAAGAACGUGAAGCGGCGUAAGGGAACGCGGCCGCCGGCCCCAGCUCCAGCCCCAGCUCCUCCGUCUUCCAAACCUGUCGUUCCCUCGAAGAGACCGAGCGAAACAUCGCACUCCGAGCCUAAAAAGGAGGCCCGCUCAGGUUCCGCUCAACCAUCACAGAAUGACAGUGCUCCCUCGAAGCCUGUGGAAAAGCCAGCUCCGAAACGAGAAGCGAGUAACCUUUUCAGUUCUUUUGCCAAAGCCAAGCAGAGAAAAGACUCUACAGCACCAGCUGCUGCCAGAGUGGAAUCGGCCGAGCCAAGUGGCCCUGAAGAAGUCAUUCUGGAUGAUGCCUCAGAAGAAGAACCAGAGGAGCUGUUCCCCGAAACUGGCCAGACAUCAUCCACCAGCCCACGAGAGACCAGGAAAGAACGAGAAGAGAAAUUGAAACGAAUGAUGGAGGAUGACGACGAUGAAGAAAUGCCCGAUGCUGCGGAACCCGAAGAGGAAUCCAACCCUAUCGACGAAACGCCUCCAAAGCCCCCUUCACCUAAAGAAGAAGUCACCGUCCGAGGAGGUCGUCGACGGGGAAGGCGCAAGGUCAUGCAGAAGAAGACCAUCAAGGACGAGGAAGGGUAUUUAGUCACCAUCGAGGAGCCUUCAUGGGAAUCAUUUUCCGAGGAUGAACCGGCACCACUACCCAAGAAGAAGACCACCGCGAUUGCGCCGAAGGCAUAUGGUGCAGGCGCAAGGGGCACCGCAGGACAUCCUGAAUCGGCCAUUCUUCGACGAGCCUGUCCGGAAUAUACCUCGUAUGCCUCCUUCAGACAUCCUCCAUACAGCGAGGGUCCGCUGAGUCUACCCUUCCAGCGACCAGCUCAAGAGUGUCGGACCUUCAGUUCCCCAGCAGUGGAGCAAGUCAUUGAAGAUAUCACCUCGCGCAUGAAGGACAAGGAUCUCGCCCAACUGUUCCGUAAUGCCUUUCCUAACACUCUGGACACGACCAUCCAGUGGCAUGUGGAUGGCUCGUCCUCAGUAGCGGCGACCAGGAGAAGGGAUGGCUCUCAAUGGGAAGGGCCGCAGACCUUUGUCGUGACGGGCGAUAUCAACGCCGAAUGGCUGCGCGACUCAACCAAUCAAUUAUCCCAGUAUCAGGCCCUGGCAAAGAAGGACAAACAGCUCUACAAUCUUAUCUUAGGCGCCAUCAACACCCAGGCCGAGUUUGUCAUUCAGUCCCCAUACUGCAAUGCGUUCCAGCCACCACCGCCAAGCAAGCUCGCUCCCACCAACAACGGACAGGAUGACAAGGUCCAUCCGGCCUAUGAGCCAUCCGUGGUGUUCGAAUGCAAGUACGAACUCGAUUCGCUGGCGCAUUUUCUCGCCCUUGGAACGGAAUUCCACGAAAGCACCGGAUCGACAGACUUCCUUACCAAUCGUUGGUAUAUCGCACUAGACACCCUCCUGAAGGUCCUAGACGCCCAGUCACAGCCAACCUUCAGCGACAAUGGCCAGCAUGUCGUCAACCAGUACACCUUCCAGCGCAAGACCACCUUGGGCACGGAGACUCUGAAUCUUGCCGGCAUCGGCAAUCCUCUAAACCACGGUACUGGGCUCAUCCGCAGCGCGUUCCGUCCCAGCGACGACGCGACAAUUCUCGGAUUCUUCAUUCCACCCAAUGCCAUGAUGGCCGUUCAACUCAAGAAGAUUGCGAAGGUUCUCCGCGCCGCGGGAGGCAAAGCCGACCUGGCGAACGAACUGGAACAGCGCGGCGAGCGACUCGACCGAGCCGUUCGGGAACAUGGCGUAGUGCAUCACGCCAAAUAUGGCGAUGUCUUCGCCUUCGAAGUCGACGGUUAUGGCUCGCGUAUCCUCAUGGAUGAUGCCAAUGUUCCGUCGCUGCUCUCCCUGCCGCUCCUGGGCUACGUCAACCAGGAUGACCAGGUCUACCAGAACACCCGGAAAAUGCUGCUCUCCAAAGACGGCAACCCCUACUACCUCAUGGGUUCUGCGUUCCAUGGCAUUGGCGGUCCUCACAUUGGUCUCCAAAACGCCUGGCCAAUGUCCCUCCUCGUACAGGCCUUGACCUCGGACUCGGACGCCGAAAUCACUGCGUCUAUUAACCUCGUGCGGGACUCCAGUCUUCUUGGCCUCAUCCAUGAGUCGGUCAACGUCGACAAUAUCAAGGAUUAUACACGCUCGUGGUUCGCUUGGGCCAAUUCGGUCUUUGCGCAGACAAUCUUUAAGAUUGCCGCCGAGAGGCCUCAUUUGAUUUUUGGUGAAGGUGCGGAUCCGUAUAUCAUUGAAUAA